CUCGCGCGCCAAAUAACGUCAAAGUAUUUUAUUUACCAGCAUUGAACGAGAUUAAAAUUUAAUGUUUGCAAAAGUUUCGUUUUAAUCGUUUUAAAUUUUCAUUAAUUAUUAUUGUGCCAGCAUAUCCAUAUUCGGUUAAGUAAUAUAAGAAUCAAUCAAGUAGUAGAUCAUGCACGCGUUCCUUAAAACAGGAAAAAUUUCCGAUUCUCCAUCGAAAGCGGGCCAUAGCGGUGAAGGACCUGUAGAAAAGCGCACCAAAUCACAUUCCGUCCCAUGGGUUGAAAAAUAUCGCCCAAAAUGUGUGGACGAUGUCGUGGAACAAGGUGAAGUCGUGGCCGUACUAAGAGAAAGUUUGUCGACAUCCGAUCUUCCUAACUUGUUACUAUAUGGUCCACCAGGAACGGGUAAGACCAGUACCAUUCUGGCAGCAGCUCGUCAGUUAUUUGGAGAUAUGUUCAAAGAAAGAAUUCUCGAACUUAAUGCUUCCGACGAUCGCGGUAUUGCAGUCGUGCGAAACAAAGUCAAAACUUUCGCACAACUUGCAGCCAGUGGCACUAGAACUGAUGGUAAACCAUGUCCACCGUUUAAGAUCGUUAUUCUGGACGAAGCAGACGCGAUGACCCAUGCUGCUCAGGCUGCAUUGCGUAGAACUAUGGAGAAAGAAACAAAAACAACCCGGUUUUGUUUGGUUUGUAACUACGUUUCAAGAAUAAUCGAACCUAUCACUUCUCGUUGCACGAAGUUUCGCUUCAAACCGUUGGGGGAAGAUAAGAUCAUUGAGCGACUUCGUUUCAUUUGUGAGCAGGAAAAUGUUGACGUUGGAGAGCAAGUUUAUCACGAUAUCGUGGAUAUCUCCGGAGGGGACUUGCGACGAGCGAUCACAACCCUUCAGUCGUGCCAUAGAUUGAAAGGCAAAGACGCCAGGAUUGAGCACACUGAUAUCCUGGAGAUGUCUGGUGUUGUCCCAAAGAAGUACCUUGAAGAUUUUAUCUCGGUUUGUGAAACGGCAAAUUACGGGAAAUUGGAAGACUACGUCAAAAACCUCACCUAUGAUGCAUACAGCGUUGGUCAGCUGUUCGAACAAUUAACAGACUUUGUUGUAAUGCAUGAUGGACUGAACGAUAAGCAGAAGAGCAUUCUUUGCGACAAAUUGGGAGAAUGUUGUUUCCGUUUGCAAGGUGGCGGUUCUGAGUAUAUUCAAAUAAUGGAUCUGGGCUGUGUUACUAUACAAGCGUUGCAAGCCAAUUGAAGAUCAGAUAUUUGUUCUACAUUUACAUGCAUUACACUUGUAGCGUUAAUAAAAGCACUACUUAUGUCAUAAUCCUAAAACUCUAUACAUUCACAUCAUAUGGUCGGCGUUAAGUCAGAGAGAACCAAGUAGCAAAAUAAAAAAAAAAUGAGAAUGGCAUUGGAUCAAGAAUUUCCUCAGCUUUAUUUCACUUUUGUCAGGUUUGGUAAAUGUUACAGCAAGCGCAGGAUUUUUUCCAAUAUAAUG